AUGUCUCAAGUUCACGCAGGAGAAGAUCGAGUUAGCCCGACCGUGGCCGAUGAGCUCUUGGAGGCUCUGGCUCAGGCAGGGGUGGAUUAUCUCUUCGCCGUACUAGGAUCCGAUCAUCCUAGCAUCAUUGAGGCGUAUGUGCGCCGACAGAAUGAUCCUGCACGGCAGUAUCCGAAGAUGGUUCUGUUUCAACAUGAGUUCGUCGCCAUGUCUGCAGCCGAUGGCUACGCGCGAAUCAGUCACCAACCGGCCUGUGUGAUUGCCCACGUCGAUGUGGGGACUGCCGCUCUCGGCCAGGGGCUGCACAAUGCUUCCAGUGGACGGGCACCGGUAAUCAUUCUUGCUGGGAUUGCUCCCUCCACCUACCUAGGGGAAGCGCCAGGGUCCCGAUCGGAGCAUGUGCAAUGGUACCAGGAUAUUCGGGACCAAGCUGCCCUCGUGGCCCCAUAUAGCCGUUACAGUGCCGAGAUCAAGUCUCCGCACAAUGUGUCCACCGUGGUGCGUCGUGCAGUGCUCAUGGCCACCACUGGAUCUCCGGGGCCCGUUUAUCUUACGGCGACACGGGAGAUCCUGGCGACACCCCUGCCUUCUGUAGACCAUCCCACAGGACACAAGGCCGUGCCUUCAUGUCGGCUGGGCUCACUUCCCUCCGAGGUGAUCGAGGUAAUUGGGACGGCGCUGCUCAGAGCCCAGGCUCCCCUGGUCAUCACCGGGUACCUGGGCCGGAAUCACCGUGCUGUCCAAGAACUGGUUGCUCUGGCCGACACGAUUGCUGGUCUUCGGGUCUUUGACUCGGAGCUCCGUGAGAUGAGCUUUCCAGCCACUCACCCAGCGUGCGUGACCCGAGGAACGGGGGCAGCUCCCGCGGUGCAAUCGGCAGAUGUGAUUCUUGUGCUGGAUGCGGACGUGCCCUGGAUCCCAACUCGAGUACGCCCUUCUCCUUCGGCCCAGGUGAUUCACAUCGAUCUUGACCCACGCAAAGAACGGAUGAACAUCUUUGAUAUCGGUGCAUCACUGACUGUGCACGCCGAGACAGCUUCGGCUCUGGCCCAGCUGAACACUUACAUCUCCGCCGCUCCUCAAUUGUCCGGGCUGCAAGCGAGUGAGAACUGGCAAGCUCGCGCACAGGCCGUUCGCACUGCCUACCUCCAAGGCCAGGAUCGAAUCAAUGCUCGUGCGGCUGCACUGGAGUCAACUCCUGAUGCUCCCUGUAGCGUGGACUAUCUGUGCAGUCGAAUUCGCGCACUAUUACCCCGGGAGACGACCUUUGUCACGGAUUCAGUGACCAACCAGGUUGCCAUGACAGAGCAGCUUCGCCUUGAGCGACCGGGCUCGCAUCUCACUAAAGGAGGCAGCGGGCUGGGAUGGGCGGGUGGAGCUGCCAUCGGGGUCCAAUUCGCUGCAGCGCGAUACCAUCUCUCCAACCGACCGGCAGUUCAGCAGAAGACCGAGCAGGAAUUAGCCUCAGCGGCACGGCCCUUUGUCUGCAGCAUAACUGGUGAUGGAAGCUUUGUGUUCUCAGUCCCGACCGCCGUCUACUGGGCCAGUCACCGCUACCAAUGUCCCUUUCUGACGGUCAUCUUGAACAACGGCGGCUGGAACGCCACAAGCCAAUGUUUACGAGACGUGCACCCGACCGGUGUUGCGGCGAGUCUAUCGAAAGAAGAGUUGGGCAUCUCGCUGGUCGCCGAUGGGCCGGAUUAUGGGGGCAUUGCCAAAGCGGCAGCAAACGGAGAUCUGUGGACAAAGCGCGUCGACCGCGUGGGGGACCUGGACGAUGCUAUUACUGAGGCACUUAAGGCUGUGGUGGAGGCAGGCAAAUCCGCAGUCUUGGAUGUGGUCAUUCGAACCCAUGCUACCAGCACGUAG